AUGGGAGAAACACAUUUCUCUAUGGCCUGUGAAACUGAAGCCAUGAGCCUUGUUGAGGUCAUACCAUCUACCAGGGAAGAGGCAUUUGACGAGGUUGAGUCAGUCCCAUGCAAGGAUGUCCACUUCAAAUGUUACCACAUUGAACCCUCCCCGCUCUCGGAAGAGGCGAUUGAUGGCAAAGUCGACAACGUUCCCGGAGACGACGACACCUUCAAUGCAGUCAUCAACCAUGUAAUGGAAGGGCUUGUAGAGCAAUUUAUCUCGUCCCCCAAUGUGGUAGCUGAUCAAGUUGAAGGCAACAUCGGUGGAUUUGUAGAUACCACAGGCUCAAAUGGAGUGGAUGAUGACAUUCUUGAAGGAGUGGAUGUAAAGUCGUCAAAUAUUGUGGGUGACGACAGUUUGGCCAAGGAAAUGGUAGGUGUUGAAAAUGAGAUAAUCGUGCCUACAGUUGUCGAGAAGGACAACGAAAUCAUAACAAAAGUGACAUCAUUGAAUCCUUUACCAACAAUUCAAGCUGGGUGUAAAGCUAGAUUGACCGGGUGUUCUGAUGCAUGUGGAAUACUUCAAAUAAACAUGGUACAUUUAGAGCAUAACCAUAAAACAAGCCCAUCUAAGUCCAGGUUGAAUAGAUGUAAUAGGCAACUUAGUGAACAUGUCAAAGGAUGGCUUGAGGUAAAUGACAUAGCAGGCAUACCAUUGCAUAAAAGCUUUAAUUCAACUGUGGUGGAGACAGGUGGUUUUGAUAAUAUGACAUGUGUUGAGAAAGAUUACAGAAACUUCAUCGAGAAAGUGCGAUGUUUAAGACUAGGGGAAGGGGAUGCCCUUGCAAUUCAAGCUUACUUCGCGAAAAUGCAGUCAUGUAGUCCUGGUUUUUUCUUUAGUAUGGACUUAGAUGAUGAUUGUCGACUGAGAAAUGUGUUUUGGGCAGAAAAAAGAUGUCGUGAAGCGUAUAAGGAAUUUGGACAUGUUGUUACUUUUGACACCACAUACCUCACGAACAAGUAUAAUAUGCCCUUUGCUCCUUUCGUGGGGGUCAAUCACCAUGGGCAAUCAACUCUUCUUAGCUGUGGUUUGGUUUCAAAUGAAUACGUUUGGUGUUUUCGAACAUGGCUAGAAUGCAUGAAUGGUCAAGCUCCUAAUGGAAUUAUUACAGAUCAAGAUCGAGCUAUGCAAAAUGCUAUUCAAAUUGUUUUUCCUAAGGCGAAGCAUAGAUUGUCCUUGUGGCACAUACUAAAGAAGUUCCCUGAGAAGUUUGGCUAUCACAUCGCCAAAGGUCCAAUAAUGCAUGCUAGACAUGUGUUAGUCUACGACACAUUAAGCUGUGAAGAAUUUGAGGAUGGCUGGUUGAAUAUGCUUGAUCAGUUUGAAUUGCGAGAUCAUGAUUGGUUGAGUGGACUCUAUGAAGAGAGAAGUCAUUGGGUACCAUGCUUCCUGAACACUACAUUUUGGGCAGAUAUGUCAACCACAUGA